GGUGUUCCCUGAGGAGGCUUCUCUCUUUCUCUCUCUAAAAAUAAAUAAAAACAUCCUCCUCUGGGAACUUCACUCUCUCUCUAGAAUUAGCAAUGGCUGCCGACAACUUCACCGACAAAAACGCCGUUUUUCGCAAACUCAAAUCCAAACCCGACAACAAGAUGUGCUUUGAUUGCAAUGCAAAGAAUCCUACGUGGGCGUCGGUUACGUAUGGGAUUUUCUUGUGCAUUGAUUGUUCGGCGACGCAUCGGAGUCUUGGUGUUCACAUCAGUUUUGUUAGGUCGACAAAUUUAGAUUCAUGGUCUCCAGAUCAGUUAAAGAUGAUGUACUUUGGUGGAAAUAACCGUGCUCAAGUUUUUUUCAAGCAGCACGGAUGGACGGAUGGAGGCAAAGUUGAAGCCAAGUAUACCUCCAGGGCUGCCGAAUUGUAUAAACAAUUACUCUCGAAAGAAGUUGCUAAAAGUAAAGCAGAGGAAACGAAAGCAGAGGAUGCAGGUUUGCCAGCAUCACCUGUUGCCUCUCAGGCUGUGCAGACUACAAAUGGAUUUUCUGAUAUUAAGACUAGUGAAGCUCCAAAAGUAACCUCAUCAUUUAAAGAUGAAACUCCGGAGGUUUCUGCUUCACCCAAAGCAUCACAAUCAGUUUUUACAACUUCGAUUAAGAAACCUGUAGGCGCAAAGAAAUCUGGUAAGCCAGGUGGACUUGGAGCUCGGAAACUUACUAAAAAGCCAAGUGAAAGUCUGUAUGACCAGAAGCCUGAAGAACCGCCUGUUCAAGUUUCUUCCUCUAACUCUGCAAGUAAUGCAUCAACUGGUGGCUCAUCAUUCGCAUCUCGCUUCGAAUACACAGACAAUGUCCAACCCUCUGAGAUAAGUUCUGGACGUGUUCUUAACCAUGUAUCCCCUCCAAUGUCCUCCAAUUUUUUUUCGGACUACGGAAUGGACAGCGGUUUCACAAAGAAAAGCUCGAAAUCUUCAAAAGUUCAAAUUGAGGAAACUGAUGAAGCAAGGAAGAAGUUUUCUAAUGCAAAAGCCAUUUCAUCCGCCCAAUUUUUUGGUGAUCAGAGCAAAGCUGAUAUGGAAGCCUCAGUUUCUCUGCAAAAGUACUCGGGUUCAAGUGCAAUUUCAAGUGCUGACCUUUUCGGUAACGAUGAUAGAUCUGAUCUGGACCUCACUGCUGGUGAUCUCAUUAACCGGCUCUCAUUCCAGGCACAACAGGACAUGUCUUCUCUGAAAAACAUUGCUGGAGAAACUGGAAAGAGACUUGGCUCAUUUGCGUCAACCUUCAUGUCCGAUCUACAAGACAGAAUCCUGUGAAAAGUUACACUGGAUGUGAACAUUUUGGAUGAAAUUCUUUCGGAAGAUGAACAAUAAGAUUAGAACUCUUAGGGCUUUGGAGAAUCUGGUCUUGUCUUAUUAAAAUUUUCUUUAUAUAUGUGUUUUUGCAUUUUUCUUUGUUUAGUUCUUGAUGAGGCUCGUAAAGCUUUAUUAAACAAUUUUCUGUGUACUAGGUGGCGUCCGAGUUGUGAAAUCAGGGAAUUGUAAACUAGUGAAAACUAUUUGUCAAUGUGAUGUGCUUCCAAUAUUCAAAA